AUGGAGGGAGGACGUGGUUUUACGACCUCCUGCUAUUUCGCUUUACUCUGUCUAUUUUUACGAACCCCAGCAACUGAUUACAGUUACUCUGAAAGUCCACCAACAACUGUGACACCCAGCAUCUCUGUAAAUCUACAUAUCCUAUCUAAAUGGCAAUGUAGCGAGGAACUUCUCAUACUUCCAUCUGGACCACGUGGCGGCCAUCUUGUUUUGGAGGGACAGCUUCGAAGAAUUAAGUACUUUUCCACUCGAAUUAGAUAUCAUACGAAUGGAAUUUCUACUUUUAAUCCAUCUGCCUUUAAAAUUAUACGCAGUGCCGAUGUUGAAACUAAUCUAGGCGAUGAAACUGUCAAUAUUUCGUCUUCCAAUGCAGGAUCUUCACCUAAAAGUCUUCGAUGUUUACUACUCAAUGCUAGAAGUUUAAGAAAUAAGGUUCUUGACUUGCAAGUCCUGCUGCUUGAAGAUUACUUUCCGGUGAUUGCUAUCACGGAAACAUGGCUUGAAUCUAGCUUCAUGGAUUUCGAAUUGGGUCUCAAUGACUACUGUGUUCAUCGCAAAGACAGACAAGAUCGUAGAGGUGGAGGUGUCUUAUUGGCAGUACAUGCGGAUUUACUUUCCAUAAGAACAAGGGAUCUGGAGUAUAAUGAUAAUAUUGAAACCAUCAUGGUGGAAAGUUGUCAGAAAUCAAAGGACAAUGUUCUUUUUGAAGUUUGCUACAGACCACCCAGUGCUGAUGUGGAGUAUUCUCUCAAAUUACGUUAA